AUGUCUCGUCAUCAUCCCGACCUCGUCAUGUGCCGCAAGCAAUCCGGCAUCGCCAUCGGCCGCCUCUGCGACAAGUGCGACGGCAAAUGCCCCGUCUGCGACUCCUACGUCCGCCCCACGACGCUCGUGCGCAUCUGCGACGAGUGCAGCUUCGGCAACUACCAGAACAAGUGCGUCGUCUGCGGCGGCGAGGGUAUCUCCGACGCCUUUUACUGCUACGAGUGCACGCGCCUCGAGAAGGAUCGCGACGGGUGUCCCAAGAUUAUCAAUCUGGGCAGUUCAAGGACAGACUUAUUUUACCAAAAGAAAACGAAUCGGCAAGCAAAUUAUUAA